AUGUCUGAAAAACAAACGGGACACUCCCUGGAGAGUGGCAUGUCCACUGUAUCACCCACCAAUGGAUCAAACGAGAAAGCGAAUGACAACUUUCUCAACCACAAAGUGCUGGAUGAGCUUGAGAAGCCAGCACAAAUACAAAAAGUCGUCCAAGAGGCCAUUCUACUUGCCGGUGGUGCAGCUGCAAUCUUAUUACAAGUCGCAGAGCCAGGUGUUGGCAAAGGCGUGGACGAACAUAGCAACUUCGCGUACAGGCCUAUGGAUCGUCUCCGGACGACGAUGACUUACGUAUAUUGCAUGGCGUUUGGCUCUCGAAGCGAGAAAGUGGCUGUCAUCGAGAUGGUUCAUCGGGCCCACGCUGUUGUGAAAGGGCCGAAUUACUCAGCAGACGACCCUCAACUUCAACUCUGGGUUGCCGCUACUCUUUACGCGGUUGGCAUCGAACUAUAUCAACAAAUGUUCGGUAAGAUGACAGAGCAGGAAGCUGAAGGUAUCUACCGAGAGUACUCCGUCUUGGCGGUAUCACUUCGUGUCAAGCCAGAAAUGUGGCCGGCGUCAAGACGAGCAUUCUGGGAAUACUGGGAUCACCAAGUUGAGACAAUGGAGAUCACCGAAAAUGCACGAAGGGUUGCCCAUGAUCUUCUUUGGAACAAAGAGUUGCCGCUUCAUAUCCGGCUCCUCCUUCCUGUUGUUCGCUUGACCACAGCCGAGUUGCUGCCCAAGCGAAUUCGUGAGGCAUACGGAUUGAAGUCUACGAAACUACGCCGCGGUGCCUACCGCGUGACUCUCGGACUUACAAAGGCAACUUAUCCUUGCUUGCCAAAGACCAUUCGGACCUAUCCGAUGCGGUACUAUUUGAAGGACAUGCGGCGUCGACUCCGAAAUGUGGCCUGA